CGCACCCAUACCUACUCCCUGCCCUCAACCCCUCUUUUACCUAGCAACCACCACUGCCGGCCAAGGCUCAAAGAUAUCUAGACCCAAAAUCGAAAAAGGCUUCAGAACAUGUUGAUUUCCAUAUGAAACAGAAUACAUAUAAGGUUAGGUCCCCACGACGGGACUAGCAUUCCAGCGGCGCCGCGGAAAAUGUUCCAGAGGCCGAGUGGACGGUGAGACCAACCAAGCAGAGAGUCUGAGAAGCUUCAGAUCAUGAUACUCCCCUUCCAACCAACGGCACGGUAACAUCGAUACCACCGUAGGCAUGGUGCCGAAGGGCGUGCGAAAAGGACUGGGAUUUGUAAAGAAAAAAAAAAAAUACCAGUCGACCAAGCGAGACAAGUUGAUUCGACGUGGUGAAGAAGCACUUCCGAUGCUAUAAGAAAGACAGUGUUCCUUAGCGGUAAUUCCAAUAUCACUACAACUGUUGACCAAGCUUGGCUACUUUCAUUGACAGGACUUGUGUCUCACCAUGGGCGCAGCCACUCUCAUCUAUGAGGCACGAUGGCUUCUCGCUUCGGUUGUGCUCGCAAUUUGGGCGGUCCUCAAGACCAAGCAAUAUUACCGGUUGCGCCAUUUCAAAGGACCCUUCGGCACUGGCUGGUUCGAGAUUUGGCAUGGCCUUGCCUACCUUUCUGGACAUCCACACUUGAAGUUCAAGGAGGCCACGGAUAAAUACGGACCCAUUGCUCGCAUCGGACCCAACGAGCUGAUGACUACAUCUCUCGAGUUGCUGGCACACAUCAAUGGAGCGAGAAACAGAUACACGCGAACCAGAUGGUUCUACAUUGCCGCCCGCUUCCAACCGAACAGCGACAACAUUUUAAGCGAGCUCGACGAUAACAUGCACACCAAGCGUAGAGCUCAGAUGGCUGGCGGGUAUUCUGGCAAGGAAAACCGUGAGCUCGAGAGUUCGGUAGAUAUUCACGUUGCAGAACUAGUCCAACUGAUUCGGACCAAGUACCGCUCGACCGAGAUCAAGACAAACCCAUUCGAUCUCGCACAGAAAGCUCAGUACCUCGCCCUCGAUGUCAUCAGCCAUAUUGGGUUUGGCGAGCCGUUUGGGAUGCUUCUUUCGGAUCAAGAUGUGAAUGGCUACAUCAAGCAUGCCGAUCAGGGCAUGAACGCAAUCACGUAUCUGUGGGGCCUUGGACUGACAGAGCUCGUACUCGACACGCCACUCAUGCAUCUCUUGGGACCAUCGGACACAGCAAAGACUGGCUUCGGAGCGAUGACGGCCAACACUCGCAAAAUCAUCUCUAAACGUCUUGAGGACGACCCCGGCAUGACCAAGGGGAGCGACAUGCUCGCCUCGUGGUUCCGGCAUGGCUUGGACAAAGAGCAACUCGUUACUGAGUCCAUUCUCCAGCUCCUUGCCGGUGCCGAGACCGCUGCCACUUCCAUGCGAUGCAUCAUGCUGUACCUCGUUACUAACCCGCGUGUCUAUGCCAAACUUCAGGCCGAGGUAGAUGCCGCGGUUAAAGAUGGAAGAGCGCCGCCGUACCCGAGUGUUGUUUCCAAUGCUACGCAAAGGCAGCUUCCUUAUCUGUGGGCAUGCUGCAAGGAGGGCAUGCGGAUGCACCCUCCAGUGACCAACUCUUCCCAGAAGAAGGUGCCGCCUGAGGGAGAUGCCGUGACAGUGGAGGGUAAGACGGUCUAUCUUCCUGGCGGUACCAAUAUUGGCUACUGUGUCUGGGGACUGAACAGGGACCAGAAGAUUUUUGGAGGGGAUGCCGAUUGCUACCGGCCUGAGAGGUGGCUGAAUGAGGAGGAUCCUAAGAAGCUGGCCCAGAUGAACCUGGUCCACGAGAUGCUUUUUAGUUAUGGCAAGUUCCAGUGCCUCGGAAAGCCAAUUGCACUAAUGGAGAUUGGAAAGGCUAUUUUUGGGUUGAUGCGGAAUUUCGACUGGAGUGUAACCAAUGCGGCAGAACCCUGGAAGGAGAUGAACGCGGGUGCUUUAUUCCUGACGCACGACUUCCUUGUAGAGGCAACUGAACGGUCGGUGUCUUGAUGGUCUUGAACGUCGACACAUGUUGUGAAUGUUGGCGUUCACAAGUAUUAACCGUCAAGUAUAGAGCAAGCUCCAUGACUACUAACCUGGCGCCAUAAUCCCCUGUAUAAUCGCGGAAAGAUAUCUUCAUUCGAUCAUCUAUCCCAUACUAGGGGACGAACGCGACUGUAUCUUCCUUUGUCUCCUGAAUC